AUGGUCCGCCCCGCGAGAAAAGCGUCCUUCAGCGACGAUGACCUCGAGUUCCUCAGCUCCCAAGCAGAAAACAUGUCCAUCGGCCCAACCGAAACCCCCGCCCGCCGGGCCCAACCAACCUUUGGCACCAACACCUUCAACACUCCCGCCCGACGACCCGCCGGUGGUCAAUCCGUCUUCGCAAACAGCAACAACAACUUCAACACCCCCGGCACAGUAAUUGACCUAACCGACAGCCCCGCCGCGCCUGCAGCCCCAACCCCAGUCCCAACAUUUGGCCACCCAACCCAGCUCCCCUCCCGCUUCGGCCCCAAAAACAAGAACUCAGACCACCUCUUCAUCCAACGCAAAACCCGGCCCGAAUUCCACGCGGAUCUGUAUAGAAACUCUGGUCCGCUCAAACCAAAAAAUGUGCCUCCCAAGAAGCCGGAGCUGCCAAUGUUUAGCUCGCUGAGUGAAGAGGCUCAGCCGGUGUAUCAAUACACCAAGCCUGGCGGGGGUGGUGGUUAUGGGGACACGACGUUUUAUACCGAUCCCGCCAAGGCGAAUGCCGAUCUCAAGGCUUUGCUAGAGGGGGGGAUGGAAGAUGAGGAAGAGGAAGAUGAUGCCCCUCCUAAAAACAAGGAGGAAAAGAAGACAGCAGGGCCAGAAGAAAAAGAACCCGAAGAGGGAGUCCAGGAAGAUGGUACCCUGGCCGGUAUUAAAGUCAAGCUCUUACCUCACCAGGUUGUUGGUGUCAAAUGGAUGAAGAACCGGGAACUGGGACCGCUGAAGAAGGGACGGGUGCCAAAGGGGGGAAUUCUGGCGGAUGAUAUGGGGUUGGGGAAGACGCUGCAGAGCAUAUCGCUCAUUGUGUCGAACCCCAUGCCGGAAGAAGGAGGGAAGGGGUGGAAGACGCAUUUUUCCGAGGUGAAGAGGGGGACGCUGGUGGUGGCGCCGCUGGCGUUGAUUAGGCAGUGGGAGACCGAGAUCAAGGAAAAGGUUGACGGGGAGGUGUUGGGGUUGAAGGUUUGUGUGCACCAUGGGCCGAACAGGACCAAGGAUGCGAAACAACUGGCAAAAUUUGACGUGGUGAUUACGACGUAUCAGAUUUUGGUGUCGGAGCACGGGAACAGUCACCCGGACCCGGCCAAGAGCCCGCAGGUAGGGUGUUUUGGGGUGUAUUGGUAUCGCGUUAUUCUGGAUGAGGCGCACAGCAUCAAGAAUAGGAAUGCAAAGGCGACCAAGGCGUGCUGUGGGUUGAGGGCGGAGUACAGGUGGUGCUUGACGGGGACGCCGAUGCAGAAUAAUCUGGAUGAGCUGCAGAGCUUGGUGCACUUUUUGAGGGUGCCGCCUUAUGAUGAGCUGGGGGAGUGGAGGAAGGAUAUUGAUGGGCCGAUGAAGCAGGGGAAGGGGCAUGUGGCGAUCAAGAGGUUGCAUAAUCUGCUGAGGUGUUUUAUGAAGAGGAGGACGAAGGAGAUUUUGAAGGAGGAGGGGGCGUUGGUUGCUGGGGGGAAGAAGGCGUUGGAUGCUAUGAAGGCGAAGAUGGAGGAGGAGAGGGGUGGGGAUGGGGAGGAGAGGGAGAUGCCGAAGCCGGCGUUCAAGAUCACAGAAAGGAAAGUUGUGACGGUGGAGACCAAGUUUUCCGAGGCGGAGAGGGAGUUUUAUGAUGCGUUGGAGGCGAGGGCGGAUAAGAGUUUGGAGAAGAUGAUGAAGGGGAGGAUUGACUAUGCGAAUGCGUUGGUGUUGCUUUUGAGGCUGAGGCAGGCUUGCAAUCAUCCUAGGUUGACGGACACGAAGCUGGAGAAGGAUCAGGAGGCGCUGGCGGUGGAUUCGACUGCUCAGCUGAAGGGGAAGGCUGGGGAUGACUUGGAUGAUUUGGCGGAUGCGUUUGGGGGGAUGGGGAUUCGGACGAGGAAGUGCGAGAUGUGUCUGAGUGAGUUGAGCAAGAAGGAGAUGGGGAGCGGGCAGGUGAAGUGCUCGGAUUGCAUUGAUAGUAUGCAAAAGGUUAUCAGUGAGAGUCCGAGCAAAAAGAAAAAGAAGAAGGAUGGGAGGAGGGUCAGUGUGGUGAAGGAGGAGAUCAAGAUCGAGAAGGUGGCGGCGAGCAAGAAGAGAUCAAAAGCGAGGAGGAUUGUUGAGGACAGCGACGAGGAAGAGGAGGGGAGCUGGUUGGUGGAUGAAGAUCAACAGGGUGCUUUGAGACUUGGGAAGUGCGGGGGUUCAGAGGAUGAGGAUGCCGAGGGCGGUGGCGACGAUAUCGCUUCCGAGGACUCUGAGCACUCGUCUGAAGAAGAUGACGAUGACGAGAGCCAGCUCGACAGCUUCAUUGUCAAGGAUGACUCUCAGGCUGACGUCCACGGAUCCGGGUCAGAGUCUGAUUCCGGCUCGGAAGAGGAUGAAUCGUUCGUGUCGGUGUCUAGGGUAUCGCAGUCACAAGUCGCAUCCCAGGAUACCGAAGGUUCUGGCGAAGACGAGGAAGAGAUCUCCGCUUCUGAGUUGAUCUCUUCGGACCCGGACGACGACUCAGACGAUGACCUUCCCAUCCGAAGACGAUCCCGCCGUCCUGGCCAACAAGAACCAGAGUGGAAGAAGAAAUCCAAGUCGGCCAAAAGUUCCGGAGGCAUUACUCAAUCCGCCAAGAUUCGGGAGCUGCUCUCCAUCCUGCGCAAGGAAGCCCACGAGCACAAGUUCAUUGUCUUUUCGCAGUUCACCUCCAUGCUGGACCUCAUCGAGCCGUUUUUGCGCUCUCAGCCAGGCAUGAAAGCCGUCCGCUACGACGGCAAGAUGCCCAACGACGCUCGCGAAGCUGCCCUCAAGGCCCUCCGCACCGACCCUCACACCCGCAUCCUGCUCUGCUCUCUCAAGUGCGGCUCCCUCGGUCUCAAUUUGACGGCCGCCACCCGCGUCAUCAUUGUUGAGCCGUUCUGGAACCCGUUUGUGGAGGAGCAGGCUAUCGAUCGAGUCCACAGACUGACGCAGACGGUGGACGUGAUUGUGUAUAAACUUACUGUUCAGGAUACAGUCGAGGCUAGGAUACUGGAGCUGCAGAACAAGAAGAGGAUGCUGGCGGAGGCGACGAUUGAGGGUGGGAUGAGGAAGAAGGGGAAGAACCAGCUGAAACUGGGCUUGCAGGAGAUUUUGGAUCUGUUCAAGCAUGAUGCUCGGGCGAGCUUGGGGGUGGAUGGGCUGGAGGGGAAUGAUGGGAGGAAUGUGGUGAGGGAUGUGGGCGAGUUUGUUGGUGGGAAACACGGGGUGAGGAGGCCGAGGAAGGAGCAUGAUGUUUAUGGGAGGAGGUGGUAG